GCUGUGUGCAAUUUUAAAACUGCUGUUAGCUGAACCACUGCUCUGUAGUUUUAGGGUUAUUUACUGUAUUUCAUUUAAUGUAUACAAUAUAAGUAGAUUUUCUCUCUUGUUUGAAUAAAUACAGAGAAAUUGACUUUGUCUUUUGUGAAGUCAACCAGCUGGACUUGACGUGUCAUAGAGCCUUUAUUUGUUUAAGCAAACAAAUAAACGCUAUAAUGACAUAACUGGGGGUGGGGGGAAAGGAUUAAUCUUUAAUAUAUUUCUGAAUUUCUAAGAUCUUAUUGGAUACGCUGAUCUGUGGAAGCUAUAAACUGGAGGGGUGCUGCACGGAUUUUGUAUUGUGCUUUAACAGGGACAAAAUUAAGAUAACAGAAGUACCUGGAGGCUAUGCUUUAGUGGAAACCAAUGGUGUGCCAGUACCCGACUGGCAGCUCCACCAGUUGCAGCUGCCCACACAACCUAACUGAAAAGCCUGUUUCCUUAUAGUUUAACCAACCGCCUCUGAAUCUGGAGUGCACCCAUGUUCGAAUGUCUAUUUUUUACAUCAAUUUUAACGCUGAAAGCUUUACAAUAUAUAAUUACACAUGAAUUAAAACAAUUUUUUUAAGGUUUUAAGAUCUCCUUUUGAAACUGCUACUACACAGGGAAACUUUUAGUUUCCCUCUGUAAAAAUAAUGUAUUUUGUUGGGAUUGUCAUUGACAACAAAAACACAAAAUAGUGCAUAUCUGUAAAGGAAAUUGACAUUUAAUUAAAAAGUUUCUACAAAGCUGUAGCAUUCAACUCCUUUUAAUUGAAAUAGGGCUGAAAUGAUUAAAUGGAUGAAUCUGUGAUGAAUCGAUUAAUAACCGUCAACUCAUUUAUUUUCAAUUAAAUUAAGUAUACACCCUCACAAAAGGAUGAUUCAUUGAACAAAAAACAAUAUAUUCAAGGAAGUAAUUUGCAUUUAAUUAAGAAAAAAACUGAAUUUUGACUUACUUUCUGAGAUCAAAAGUCAGAAUUUUGAGGGGCAAAAAAUCGAUUUUUUUUUCUAAUCUUUUUUUUUAACUUUAUUUCAAACAAAUAGCAUUAACAUACAUAGUGAAUCUUCAAUGACAAAUAUCACAAUAUUAUAAUAAAAAUAAAGAAUAUCCACAGACAUUGAUGUUAAGGUCUUACAAUCUUCAAAGUAGAAUAAAUAAAGCGAAAAACAAAAGUUGAAUAAAUAUACACAUAAAUUGGUCAAAUAAAACAAUGUGUACAUUUUCUCCUGUACUAUUUUCUUAACAUAAAAGGGUCAACAAUACAUUCAAAUACAUAUAAUAAAUGGUCUGUUACAGCAAAAGAAAAAUAAGCUAAAAAAUGUAACAGAGGCUCUAAUCCUCUUCUGUGGAUAAAAAUAAUAUUUUGGAACAUAUGCGGCAGGUUUAAAUCUGCCCUAAUUUCAUCAGUUUAAAACAACCAAAUAAAUAAAAAUGGUAAGCUUCUCAAGCAAAAACAAAACAAAAAUAACAUGGCAACUGCCUUUUGGUUAAACUUAUACUCAUAAUUCUUACACCUGCCCGUAUUGUGACCAGCUACUUUCUCUCUUUUUGUUCCUUUGUGUCUCUCGCGUAAAGUCAAAACCAGCGAACAAUUAAAGAGCACAAACUUGUGCGCAAGCGCAAAACGCGCGUACUCGCGAGUCCUGGUUCCAUCUUCAGCCAUCUCUUCGCAAUGCCUCGCUCUCUUCUCCUUCUCCUCUCUCCACGGAGGACAGAUGGGAGGAGACGCUUCUGCUGAACGUGUUGGGUCUGAUUUUUGAUUCCUGCAGCGGAGAAAACGCCACUGCUUUCCGUCGGUCGCAGGUCCGAUCAUUCACAUCCUCACGCCGCAGGUCUCUCUCUUUCUGCGGGGUGUGCCCGCAUCUUUCUUCUUCUUCUUCUUGUUCUUCUUGUUCUUCUUCUUCUUCUGCUGCUCUUUUGGACCGAGGACAUCUAGUAACUAACUGGAGGCACCGCGCUGUCUUUGUGUGAAAGCUGCUGAAGUGGAUUUAAAUCUUCCUAAAAAUGAGCGUGGGACCAGAUGCGCUCGUCUCAUCCGUUCUCUGUCCCGGUUUCGGACCGGUUCGACUGAUCCCCGUUCGGUGCUGCAGAAUCCACAGGGACCAAUAAAUAAAGAGAUUUUCCUAAGAACCGGAUUCACCAGCAGCAUCCUGCCAGAUGGAUAACUACUCCGCGUUACCACUGCAGUGUCUGGAGAUGACCACCAAACGGAAGCUGAUUGGCCGGCUGGUGCCGUGCCGCUGUUUCCGUGGUGAAGAGGAGGUGAUCUCAGUGCUGGACUACUCUCACUGCAGCCUUCAGCAGGUCCCAAAGGAAAUAUUCAGUUUCGAGAGAACCUUAGAGGAACUCUACCUGGACGCCAACCAGAUCGAAGAACUACCCAAGCAACUCUUCCAGUGCCAGGCCCUAAAGAAGCUGAGUUUGCCCGACAACGACCUUUCCAACCUUCCCACCACCAUCGCCAGCCUGGUUAACCUCAAAGAGUUAGACAUUAGUAAAAACGGAAUCCAGGAGUUUCCAGAUAAUAUAAAAUGCUGUAAAGGCCUGUCUGUGGUAGAAGCCAGUGUCAACCCCAUUACCAAACUCCCAGAUGGUUUCACGCAGCUCCUGAAUCUGACCCAGCUCUUCUUGAAUGAUGCCUUCCUGGAGUAUCUGCCCGCUAACUUUGGCAGGCUCUCCAAAUUACGGAUUCUGGAGCUGAGAGAGAACCACCUGAAAACCAUGCCAAAGUCCAUCCACAGACUGACACAGCUGGAGAGGCUGGAUCUGGGGAGCAACGAAUUCUCCGAAAUGCCAGAGGUGUUGGAACAGAUGCACAGCCUUAAGGAGCUGUGGCUGGAUAACAACUCUCUACAGUCUAUACCUGGGUCUAUAGGGAAGCUUCGCCAGUUGCGGUACUUGGAUUUGGCCAAGAAUCGCAUUGAGACGUUGGAUAGUGACGUCUCAGGCUGUGAGGCCUUAGAAGAUCUGCUGCUGUCCUCCAACAUGCUGCAGCACCUGCCGGACUCUAUAGGAAUGCUGAAGAAGCUGACCACUCUAAAGGUAGAUGACAACCAGCUGACCUCACUGCCUCACACCAUUGGGAGUCCGAAGCCAAAGCAAGGCCUAUCUCUGUUGGAAGAGUUGGACUGCAGCUGUAAUGAGUUGGAGUCGUUGCCUCCCACCGUCGGCUACCUGCACAGCUUGAGAACUUUUGCUGCAGAUGAGAACUUCCUCACACAGCUGCCGCGGGAGAUCGGUAACUGCAAGAACGUGACGGUGAUGUCACUUCGGUCCAACAAGCUGGAGUUUCUGCCUGAUGAAAUCGGACAGAUGACCAAACUGCGCGUGCUCAACCUUAGCGACAACAGGUUAAAGAAUCUACCGUUUACCUUCACCAAGCUGAAGGAUCUGGCAGCUCUGUGGCUCUCAGACAAUCAGUCCAAAGCUUUGAUCCCGCUGCAGACGGAAGCCCAUCCUGAAACCAAACAGAAAGUUUUGACCAACUACAUGUUUCCACAACAGCCCAGGCAUGAUGAAGAUUACCAGUCGGAUAGUGACAGCUUUAAUCCUACUCUGUGGGAAGAGCAAAGACAGCAGAGGAUGACUGUGGCCUUUGACUUUGAGGACAAGAAGGACGAGGAAGACAACUCUGGGAAGGUCAAGGUGGAGAUAAACUUGAAGCGCUACCCAACGCCGUACCCUGAGGAUCUGAAGAACAUGGUCAAAUCAGUGCAGAGUCUUGUGGGUAAAAGCAUGCAUCCAGGACAUGGGCACCAGCACCAGCUGAGCUCAGGCACUGCCACCUCCGCAGGAACCAACAUGGAGCAUGCACACCUCAGCAAAGAGCAGUACGAGCCUCCGUGGCCCCUGCCCCCAAAAGAGUUGAUGCAGGUGUUUGAUUCAUUUGACGGACGAAAUGAAAAUGUUUGCCAGGUGACCGACAGAGAGAUGCAGGACUUCUCUCAGUCUCAGCGAAUGGAUCAAGGAUCAAUGCAUAAUUCUGGCAUCGACAUUCCCAAGAGGAAGGACAAAGAGGACUUGACAGAAAGUUCGGAGGACUCGAUGGGCGGCUCUCCUAAUGACAUCCGCAUCUCCGACAUGAGGCCAACGCUGGUGGAGACACCAAUGUACAAACCAAAGGUGGUGCUGCUGGGGAAGGAUAAGAAAGAGUCGACAGACGAGGAGGUGGAUAAACUCCACUGUCUGAACCACAGCGGUUCCUCGGCCACCUACUCUGACUACUCACCCUCACAGGGCUCCUCGGGCUCCUCCAAUCCAUCCGCCAACACACACUCACACUCACACCCACACACACACACUCAUGCGCACGCACACACCCCUGCCCUGCCCGCCCCCAGUAAGGACCAGGCCCCUCAAACACACUGGACCAACAGACUUGCACAGUCAUUCCCAAAGCCUAUUGACUCCAAGCCCCUGCUGUCUCAGAGAGAAACCCCUCCAUCGGGAACGCUGCAGCAACGGGGAGAUCGGCGUCCACUCAGCGAGCCUUUUGAUUGGUCGGAGGCUCAGCACUAUGACAACACGGGUUUUGACGCUGAGGAGUCGCCGAUGGACCCGAUGUCCUCUAAUACAAGUCAGGGUAAUCCGCCUCUGGGCUCCAAACCCCGCAGCCAGUCGGCUCAUGGCCGCCGGCCCCUCCUCAGGCAAGAUCGAAUCGUAGGAGUCCCCUUGGAGCUGGAUACCCAGACACUCCCCUACCACGGUAACCAGCGCUCCACCCCGGAUAACGACCCACAAUCUUCUUCCCAAAACCCCUGGCAGAAUUGGACUAGGACGCCCAGCCCAUUGGAGGACAGGACUGCUUUCCCCUCAAAGCUGGACCUGACGCCAACCUCAAGCCCCAAUCCUGACCGCAAGGACAUGGAUUCAAGGCUGCAGCAGGGUCCCGGAUCAUGGCCCUAUCACAACAGCCAGGGGGAGCAGAUCAGGAAGGAUCAGCUCACCGUCAGCGGGGGAAACAAGGUCACAGUGGUGAUGAGUAAAAGCUCCGACCGACUUUCCCCCAUGAUGAAGGAGACCAGAUCCAAGUUUAAGAAGUCCCAGAGCAUUGAUGAGAUGGACAUUGGCUCCUAUAAAGUCUACAGUAUUCCUGUGGAAAGCUACAGUGCAUCCAUUGAGCAGCAGACCAGUUUGGACCGCCCAGAGUUCCCCGGUUCCAUGGAGCAGACCAGCAUGUCGCGGUCCCAGUCGGCCCCCAUGUUAGAUGAUGAGCUGGGCUUCCUAGGACACGGCGGCGGCAAUCAGUCUGGACAAAAUCAAAAACCUGCCAUUCCUCACAAGGCCUAUCAUUUUGACCAGAACUACAACCCCCAGGUGACCAUAGAUCGCAGGAUCCCUCCUCCAUUCCCCAACACACCAGAUUAUGUAAACCACUCCUCAAAGGCCAUGGAUUACUUGAGUCAACCGGGAAAGACGCUACCCAAAGAGCUUGUGAGUCCUCGGUACCGCGCGUAUCCACCGCUGGAGAUGUUUUCAUUCCCCCAAGCCCCAAUCAACCAGGACGGCUCGUCCAGCCAGCAGCAGCAAACUAUCUCAACUCAGCGCUCCAGGCCAGGCUUUCUGAGGAGAGCCGACUCUCUGGUGAGCUCUACUGAGCUUGCCUUGUUUCGCAGAGUUCAUGAAGCCCAGCAGGAGGCGCUACAGGAAGCUCAGUACAAGCAUCAGACUGACCCGCCUCAUUACAGUCGGGCUCUUGUCUACUCGUCCCCCAUGGAGCAUUCUGCCCUCUCCAACAUGUCUGACAACCAAAAUCAGAUGAUGCACAACAAGAGAAAUGGUCGCUACGACGACGACUACACCACUUACCAGGAGCAGAAGAAGCCCAUGAUUGGUUACCCGACCAAAAGUCUGACUCAGCGUCGCCCCCUGUCUGCUAGGAGCUACAGCACUGAAACGUACGGCGCAUCUCAGGCCCGGCCCGUGUCGGCUCGCCCCACCAUGGCCGCCCUGCUGGAGAAGAUGCCGCCCGACUACACCCUGGCCACCUGCCCCGAGAAACCGUCUGAGGACACCAUCAAAGUGAGACCCGUCGUCCCGCAGAAACCCGAGGACAUCACCUCCAAGAUGCCCACCGACUGGAGGCAGCAACUCCUCAGGCACAUCGAGGCCAAGCGGUUGGACCGGAGUGGUGUCCUAAAGCACAACACGCUCACCCUGGGCAUGCUCUAUCAGGGCGGGGGUCACGGCCAGGGGCGCAGCACCACUUUGAACUUUAACCUUUACAAUAACACUAGGCAUGAGCCCCCUGCUGGCCGCUGGCUGCCACUACCUCCGCCUCCGUCCGCCAUCACUACACCGUCUCAGCAGGCUGCAAUGCUGGAUAAUGACCAGGAGGGGGUGACAGGGAGCAACCAGUGGGCUCCCUACUCACUCGGUCGAAGAGACGUUCCGCCUGAGAACCUCAUGAAAAAGGGCGGACAUUCACACAACCCCUCCCAUCAGUCGCACAACACCAUGAUCUCCACCUCCUCGUCCUCGGCCACGGCGCCGCACCGCGUCGUCGGGCAGCAGGUUUAUGACGGGAUGAUGAACAAGGGGGGCCAAUACCAGCAGGGAAUGUCGCUGUCCGUGGUACCAGCAGGUGGUCCGGGCCAGUACCAAGGCAACGUCUCACAGGGCCUUACCUCCCCUGGCCAGGCGUACCCCAGUGGCGGCCUCCCCAUGACGCUGUCAUCAUCUGGAAACCAAUCUCAGUACAACCCCCACACCUCCCAUCAGCCGGCUACCAAUCCGCAGUACCACGUGAAUCAAGGCAUGACCCACAGCAACCAGGCCGUCAUGGCGACCCACACCAACCCCAGGCCUCAGAGCGCUCGCUGCCUGCUGCAGACUAAAGGCCAGAAAAGCACGGAUGGUUUCCAAGAGCAGCUGUGUGUGAGGAUAGAGAAGAACCCCGGCCUCGGCUUCAGUAUCUCUGGCGGCAUCAGCGGCCAGGGGAACCCCUUCAAACCCUCCGACAUGGGUAUCUUUGUUACUAGGGUACAGCAUGACGGGCCCGCCGCCUCCUCACUGAAGCCCGGAGACAAGAUACUGCAGCAUGACUGUGUAGCUCCUCCUCUUCUCUCUCUUUUCCCCCAACAGUGAUGUGUUACUGAGAUAAUGAUGGCAGUGACCCUCCAUCCUCCCACAAAACACUCACACAUUGACAUGUGUAUGGAAAAUCUGCAGAACACAUACCUCUAUACACAUGCGCACACACACACAUUGCUGUUGACUGUGCUGCGUGUUUGCCUUGCAGGCUAACGGACAUAGUUUUUUACACAUGGAGCACGAGACAGCCGUCUCUCUGCUGAAGAGUUUCCCUCGGACCGUGCACUUGGUGGUUCUGAGAGACGGCAACACGCCAUAGAAAUAGUUUUAUAACAAACAAACCCACUUCCCAUCUCUACUCAUCUCCAUCCAACUCUACCCCACCUGCCCUCUGCUGGUGGCUUGUGGAACUGACAUAUGAGCCUUCUUUUUUUUCCUUCUUCUUCUUCUUCUUCUUGUUUUUUGUAACCUUUUUAAAGGAACAUACAGACAUCUAUUUGCCUAUUGCUGGACCAAAGGCGAAUACUAGUGCCAAAAGUACCAUGGGAAACAUCUCUUCUCUUCUGUCUACCAGAGGUCAGCGACCUGAUUGACGGACGGAUGGACGGACGGACGGACCAUGAAAGGAUGCAACACUUUUCAGUUCCUUCAGGGCUGCUGCAGUUUGGAUAUUGUGGUUGUUUUCAAAUGAGGCAGUUUUUCCAUCAGCCAGUCAAAUUUUAGUUAUCUUUUAUUGGAGGACUUUUUUAUUUUAUUUUAUUUAUUUAUUUAUUUAUUUUGCUUUUCUUCACUUAACUCCAGUAUGUAACUUUUUUUUUUUUUUUUACAUAUUUAUUGAAACUGUCACUAUUUCACUAUUUAUCUGUUUUGUUUGGUAAUAAAACAGAUAAACUGGGGGGAAUAAAAUAACCUCUGCCUAUGCUUACUAGAAACAACCAAUCAGAGAGCCAGGAGUCGGAUCUUAGUGCUGUCAAUCACUCUGAGAUGGGCAAACAACCCAAAUGUUAAACUCUAGUGAAACCAGCACUACUUCAACAUAGUAGCCAUCAACUAAGAGUAAAAAAGUAUUGGGUAAAAAGUCUAUUAAAGCACUGAGUAACUGAUCAAAUGAUCAAUUAUUUCAUAUUUUAAAAUGACAUAAUCAGAAGGAACAAAAUAUAAAGUUAAGUAGAAAUUUUGCUAAUUUAAGGACAAAAUUACAAAAAUUUAUGCAAGUAAUAAAAAAUUAAAUUAAAGGCAAAAUAAAAAUUUUUACAAACUUCUGAAACUUUAACAAAAACUGCAUGUGUAUGUCUUUGGUGAUUUAUUUUAUCAAAACAUGUUUGGUUUUCAUUCAGUGGGUAGAAAAUCCAAAAGAUUUUCUCAAGUAAGCGCAGUGAUACUUUGUAAUAAGUACAAUGUCUGAAGCUACCUUUUUUACUCAAGUGUAACUGGUUACUAUCCAACUCUGAUCACCCUCCAUCUGAUUGGCAGUGCUACCAUAGAGCAAGCUGCAGCUAAAGCUAGUUAGCAUGGCAGAUAAAUGUUUUACCUGUAACGGCAAGUUGUUUCUCCACCAUUACCACAUUUAGCAGCAUGAUCAUGAGGAUGAUUGACAGCGCUAAGACCUGCCUCCUGGUUCUGAUUGGUUAUUUUAGGUUGGGAGCGCCACAUUUCUUCAGACAGCAAGUAGAGCUCCUGAAGAUCAAUUUUCUUUCACAGAUUAUCUCUUUCAUAACUAACUCAAAAAUGGUGGCAAUUUUAACAGAUAUUUGAAUUUUUUUUAAAUUAAAGUUACAAACUGCAGCUUUUAAUGAAUUUGUAGCAUCUUGUUCAUUGCCCUGUCAGUAGAUCUGUUUUUUAUAAAGCUUCUUUCUUAAGCUUCACCCAUCAUUCACAUUUAUUUACUUUAUUAUUUUGGGGUUUUUUUGUCUUUAACUUUUUUGCCUCCAGUGUACAGAUAACAUUCUGCCUUUUUGUACAUAUAUGAAGAUUUGGCUUUCCUGAGCUGCACUCUCAGUUGGGCCCAGACUGAAAGCUCUAAAGGUUUAUGAUUAAUAUAACUGUUAAUAAACUAUAUUCAGAUUUUUUAUUAUUAUUAUUAUUUCCUGCAAUUUUACAGGAGUCAUUUCUCUGAAUGGAUUUUAGUUUUUUUCUAAAGUACUCCACAGUUUUACCUGUAAAGAAAACCCUUUUCAUAGAACAUCAUUGCUGAUAGUUUUUAGGUUAGAAAAGUUUAGCUUGCACAGCUGUGUUGAAAAUAACCUAAGCAAUAUUUCUGCAGCUAUUUGCAGCUGAGCCAACCUUGUCCUCUAGUGCCAUCUACUGUACAAGUCAUGCUAAUGUUUACACCCACACUGCCAUUCACUUGAACUAAUAGGGAUACACAAAAAGAGCCCUGUGCCCCCGUGUUCCCACACUCCAUUUGCACCCCUGUGCACUGCUGCAUUAUGGCGCCCAAUUUGUAUCACAGAAAACUAAUUCCUACUCCUUGAUUUAUCACCAGUGAUAACAACUGUGCCAUUGUUUGAAAGUCCAGUCUUCUUUUUUUCAAACGUUUGACUUGUACAAUAGCCAGGUUUUUUCUCCAUGUAAAUCAGACUUGAAAGACCAGACAUGUGAAGACGCUGAUGCUUUUCCAUAGAACUGUUUGGCUUACUCUGGUUCAAAAUGUCAGAUUUGCUUUGUCAUGGCUUGGAUGAGACUUGAACUGAAAUCUGGUGUCAUUGCUCAACAGUGAUGUACUAAUGGGAAAAAUUGGUACAGAUUAAUGAUCUAUACGGAAGAGCACUAUUACCACUAAAAAAAGAAUCUUAAUUCAAUAUCAAAAUUCUGGCUUUAAUCGCAGAAUUUGAACUAUUUUUCUCAGAAUUCAGAUUUUAAAUUCAACUUAAUCUUUUGAGAUCACAAGUUAAAAUUCUGGUGGUGGAAAAAGUCAGAAAGAAAAUGGUCAGAACUCUUGAGAAAAAAAGUUGCAAUUCUCUUUCUUUUUUCCUUUAAUUUUCUUCCGUAGAUGUAUGUCUCAAAGCGUUUGUUGUUGCAGUGCCUUGAAAAAAGUAUUCCUACCCUUUGAACUUUUCCACAUUUUAUGUUACAACCACAAGUUGCAUUGUAUUUUAAAAGGUUUUGAUACAAUGAACCAUGUUGUUUUCAACAUAGUAAAAAGUCACUGUUCACUCAAUGAAAACUCAAAAAAAAUUGAGAUCUACCAAUUUAGACAUCUAUAAACCAAUUUUUAUUAUUUUUUUUAUUGUUUUAGCUGCUCUUUUCAAAAUAGUUUACACUCAGUCUAACAGAAUGGAAAGUUUGAGGAGCCUUUUAAUUAUGUCUUUCCAUAGAUUAUUCUCUCCAGACUUUGAGUAGGCCACAUCUAAACAACUCCGUUAUUUCAAAAUUAUUCACUACUUUGGAAAAAAUGCGGUUGUGGUUGUAAUGGCAACAUGUGGACAAGUACACAUGUUGGAUACUUGCAAUGCACAGUAAACUUCAACUUUCCCUGAAAUAUUUGUAGCCUGAAGUGGGAAAAUUAAGUUUAAUGGAAGUAAAAACAAAAACCAACAACUCAUAAUUCUGUUUUUGGAAUGUUUUUGGCCAAAGAUUGAUUGACAGAGUUGUAUUGAUAUGACAAAAGUAACAACUUUAAAAAAUAAAAAGUUUUAUUUUAUGUUUACAUUUUGUCAUAUGAUGGCAUCUUUCACUUUGCUGGUGCCCAUCAUGUGUCAGUCACGCUUUCAUACGGACACAACACGGCACAGUUUAAAUAUUGUGGUUGAGAGAUUGAACCCUAUUUAGAGUUUGAAAUAUCAGAAGUUAUUAUGAUGUGAACAGAGACAAAUGUUUGAUAAUAUAAUUAUUUUUUACUCUAUGUUUCAGGUAAUUCUUUCUAAAUAUAUUGAUAUACCUUAGCUUUGCUCAAAACUUGUGAUAUUUUGUAAAGACACUUGUAUCAAAGAUAUGGAUAGAAGUACGCACAGUGUGACUUGAAGACCUACACAAGUACUAUCCAAAACUUGUACAAAGAUGUAUUUCUACUGUAUUUGUGAAUUUGUGUUAUACAAAUGCAUAUUAUUAUAUAUAUGUAUAUGAAUAUAAAAAACACCAUUUUCUAUGUGUUUAGAUGAUAUAAGAGAUGAACAAAUGAGGAUGGUUUCACUGUAUAUAAACUGUGAAUGGAAUAUAAUUUAAAAUUACUCAUAUUGAUUGUGAAUGUACUCAUGCUUUCUGCAGUACUUAACACGUACCCAACUUGAAUGCUGCUUCUUCUACUGUAGUGUGACAAAAAUGUACUUUGACCUCCGAGGAGAGAAACCCUGUCAAGUUAUGAGUUGGACAAAUUUUAGCGACGAUCUUACGGAACUAUUUAUUCCUUUAUUUAUUUGCACAUGCAAGUUGAAAAUCCUUCCAGUUUUAAGUUUGAGUAUCAAUGCGAAGAAAUGCAAUUGCUGAAGUAUAUAUAUAUAAUAUAUAUCAUGUGUUUAGAAUGCAUUUUGCAGACACUACCUGUACAUACUAUUUAAGAUACAGUUUUUACAACAAAAAAAUAUAUGUAUAAAAUAGAAAAAAUGCGGUGCAGCAAUUAUACUGGAGCCAUUUUGGGCUCUGGGACGUACCAUUUUUUCAAUAUAUAAGAAGUGUUUUGAAUAAUGUACUAAAGUCUCUAUUGUACAAAUAAUAAAAAUGUCAAUAUUGGUAA